GUAACCUACGUGAUCACGUUAAUUUGUUGAAUUUGCAAGAAACCACCAAAGCCGAGAGAAGUAAAUAAAAGCCUACAAAAUCCCCUCCAAAUUCAAAUUAUUUUUCACGCAUCUCCCCAUUCUCAGGCGUGAAAUGGUCCGAGAAAGCAAAAAAAGAUCGAUCGGCAGAUCUCGCAGUUUCCUCCGUACUUUUCAGCGAUCUGCUUUUCGCGGUUGAGCUUGUUCGCGUUUUAGUUCUCUCCUAACUUUGAUAGUACUCGGAAUGAGCAGAUAGUGAGGGAGGGAUCGGAGAGAGGGCAACAAGGAAUUGUGAAGAUGACUGAGGGUCAGCGGUUUCAGCUGGGGACUGUUGGAGCGCUGAGUUUGUCCGUGAUUUCAUCUGUGUCGAUUGUUAUUUGCAACAAGGCGCUAAUUAGCACACUUGGUUUCACUUUUGCAACAACAUUGACAAGUUGGCAUCUUCUGGUCACUUUCUGUUCCCUCCAUGUGGCUUUGUGGAUGAAAUGGUUUGAGCACAAACCUUUUGAUCCAAGAACUGUGAUGGGCUUUGGCAUCCUGAAUGGGUCUUCCAUUGGACUUCUGAAUCUUAGCCUGGGUUUCAAUUCUGUUGGUUUCUACCAGAUGACAAAACUGGCAAUUAUUCCCUGUACAGUUCUUUUGGAGACUAUUUUCUUGAGGAAGAAAUUCAGUCACAAUGUCCAGUUCUCUCUUGCCAUCCUUCUUUUGGGUGUUGGAAUAGCAACCGUGACUGACCUGCAGUUGAAUGUGCUGGGUUCUAUCUUGUCUCUGCUUGCAGUUGUUACAACCUGUGUUGCCCAGAUUAUGACCAAUAGCAUCCAAAAGAAGUUCAAAGUUUCUUCAACCCAACUCCUGUAUCAAUCUUGUCCCUAUCAGGCAAUAACUUUAUUCAUCAUCGGCCCAUUUCUAGAUUGGCUUUUGACAGAUAAGAAUGUCUUUGCUUUCAGUUACACCCCUCGAGUCCUGGCCUUCGUCAUUCUGUCCUGCCUGAUAUCAGUCUCGGUAAACUUCAGCACCUUUCUCGUAAUAGGAAAGACAUCUCCGGUUACAUACCAGGUCCUUGGACAUCUUAAAACAUGCCUGGUUUUGGCCUUCGGCUAUGUUCUUCUUCACGACCCGUUUAGCUGGCGGAACAUUUUUGGAAUCUUCGUUGCCGUCAUCGGAAUGGUACUCUAUUCCUAUUACUGUACUCUCGAGAGUCAGCAGAAGCCCAGUGAAGCAGUGGCACAACACUCCCAGGGAAAGGAAGGUGAAUCUGACCCUUUAAUGGGCGUAGAAAAUGGAACCGAUGGCAAAUCCCCUGCUUGGAGUUCGAACAAGGACCUGCGGGCAUGAGGCUUUCUUAAAUCGUUACUGUUUUAAUUCAGAAUCCAUAUACAGAUCUCUCUGUUCUAGCGAUGAAGAUGGCGCUGCUAUAAAGCUAGAACUUGCGUAUGUUGCAUGUCUCCUGCUUUCUUUUCAACUAGUUACCUUACGUGAGUAGAAAGGAGAAGGCAUAUCUAUAGAGAAGCAGUUUUGGUUA